AUGUUUAUACGCUUGCUUAGAUUCUUUGUAGGUGGAACAGUCGCUACUGGUGGAGCUGCAUUGUUAGCCUUAUACAUUUAUCAAAACAAACUGAUAUAUCCUUCAUGGGCUGAAGGUGCCAGAGAUUUUGUGGAUACUCCCGAUAAAUACGGACUUCCAUACACUGAGCAUCACAUCAGGACUGCAGAUGGUGUAGAGAUAAGAGCGUACGAUAUAAGAAAUGAAAAAUCAAAUGUGACAUGGCUAAUACUAUGUCCCAAUGCUGGCAACAUCGGUUACUUUCUGUCAGCUGCAGAACUGAUCUACCGCCGUUUCAACGCUAGCGUUUUUAUCUACUCUUAUCGUGGAUAUGGAUUUUCUGAAGGAGUACCUUCGGAAAGUGGCCUCAAGCUUGAUGCAGACGCUGUCAUGAAUUUCCUGCAGCAGGACUCAUUUUACAAGACCCGAAAGCUAGUACUUUACGGGAGAUCUCUGGGCGGUGCUAAUGCCAUUUACAUUGCAAGGAAGUACUCUCAUGUUUGCGAUGCUGUAAUAUUGGAAAAUACUUUCUUAAGCAUACCAAAGGUUAUCCCUCACGUCUUUCCAUUGCUUUCAUCAUUUUCUUUCCUAUGCCACCAAAAUUGGAACUCUGAGCGAGACAUCAAAGAAACGGAUUCCACUCUACCAUGGCUUUUCUUAUCGGGCCAAAAAGACGAAAUAGUCCCCCCAAGUCAUAUGCAACAACUGUACAAGGACUGUCCUAGUGAGCAUAAACGCAUUUUUCUCUUCCCUAGGGGACGUCACAAUGACACUAUCGUUCAAGAAGGCUAUUGGGACCAAAUACACAAAUUUUUGGCAGACUAUCUAUAA